CCGAUUUGUACACACUAACGCUAACUCUUUUCGUCGUACGGGUAUCACUCUGCUAAACUCGUGGCGUAAAUUAUAUUGCAUUUUCGCUUUAUAAUUGUUAAACAAAACAAGAUGCCAGGUGUUGAAACAAUCAAGUCCUCUUGGGCAGAUGAGGUGGAGCUCGAUUACGGCGGCCUGCCGCCGACAACGGAAACCGUGGAGAAUGGCCACAAAUACGUCACCGAAUAUAAAUAUAAUAAGGACGAUAAGAAAACAAAGGUGGUGCGCACCUAUAAAAUCUCCAAGCAGGUGGUGCCCAAGACAGUGGCUAAGCGACGUACGUGGACCAAAUUCGGUGAGUCAAAGAAUGACAAACCCGGUCCCAAUUCUCAAACGACAAUGGUAUCUGAGGAGAUCUUCAUGCAAUUCCUGAACUCCAAGGAGGACGAGAAGGCCAACGAUCCACUGCUUGAUCCGACCAAAAAUAUUGCCAAGUGCCGCAUUUGCAACGGCGAGCAUUGGUCGGUCAACUGUCCAUACAAAGGCACCGCCAUGGACACGAACCUUAUGGAGAAAAAGGCUGCAGCAGCAGCCUCGGCCGCUGUCGAUGCACCCAAAUCGGGAAAAUAUGUGCCACCGUUCCUCAAGGACAGCCAAAAGGGUGGCAUGGGCAUGCGCGGGCGCGAUGACACUGCAGCUAUUCGCAUCUCCAACUUGUCGGAGUCAAUGACGGAGGCAGAUCUUGAGGAGCUGGUUAAAAAGAUUGGACCCCAGAGCAAGAUGUAUUUGGCACGCGACAAGAACACCGGCCUUUGCAAAGGAUUUGCGUACGUGCACUUUAAGCAACGCAAGGAUGCUGCCGCCGCUAUUGAAAUAUUGAACGGUCAUGGUUACGAUCAUUUAAUUUUAAGUGUGGAGUGGUCAAAACCACAAAACAAUUGAAAUUAAAAUAUUCAGCUGUUGGACACGGGCAAGGGCGAGAAGCGAACGAACGAACGAGCGCUCAAACGCUACUUAUCUUCUUGAUUGCCACAAUUGUAAAAUCAGAGACAGCCUGUGGUUUAAGUUGAUAGUUUAAUCGUAUCUAAGCUAAUGGUUUGCUAAGAGUAAAAUAUAAUAAAAACGAAAAAUAAAUACUGCUUUUUGCAAUGUA